CAAGACAAGAGAAGAUAGUAGAGGAUAAACUCGUUUCUCAUGAAGAAGAAUCUGAGACGGAUUCAAUGACAGAUAGUGCUAAUCGAAGGCUUUCGCAGAGAUUGCGCGUACGAGAAAAAGAAAAGGAAAUAUAUAAGAGUGAUGCUGAUGACAGCACCAGGAGAUCAAAGAGGCGGUCGACCAGAAUAGACUACAAGGAGGAAGCAUCAGACUCUGUAGAAGAGAAUCCCUCAAAUAGAGGUAGAAAGAUAUCUCCGAGUUAUUCAUCAUCAGAAGAUACAGCUGCAGAGAGUAAACCAAGAAUGACCACCAGAAGUAAAAAUCGCAAAGAUGAGCUUCCAGAGAAGCCGCCUGGCGUCAAGCACAAUAAGGAGAGUGAGAGUGCCAAAGAUGAGCCUUCAGAGAAGCCGCCUGGCAUCAAGCACAAUAAGGAGAGUGAGAGUGAAGAUAAACCCUCUUCAAAGAAAAGGAAAGAUGACGUCCCAGAAGAUACAGCAAUUCACAGAACCCGCAGAAACGAUCAGUCCAAACAUCCUGAACAAAUCAAAUCAACUCCGGGCUCAAAUUCCAAAACCAACUCUUCCAGCAGAAAAGCUAAUUCUGCACCACAGGCAAACAGAGCAGCACUGAGGGACAAAUUAAGAAGCCCAGCUUCAAGAUCAAGAAGCCCGGUGACGUCAAGGUCGACAAGUCCAGACAAUGCAGGCACUGCCCCGGCACAUAGAAUGACAACAAGGCGACUAGUGGCUGAAACUGAAUAUUCUCAGCCCAAUUUGGGUUCAAAGCCCAAAAGGGUCACCCCAUCUGAGUUCAUUGAUGAACUGCCUGUGCUGGCCUCAAAGCCAAAAAGGGUCGCCCCGUCUGAGUUCAUUGAUGAACUUCCAGUGCUGAGAAAGCG